AUGUUCUCAAUAACUGAAACCAUCCAAGUUGCGGUACAAAAGUCAUGUGCCAGCAUCGCCUUAUUUCUGAACGUUUGCUUGAUUUAUCUGAUCAUCAAUAAAUCUCCUAAAGAAUUGGGUCCAUAUAAAUAUUUGAUGAUUUACAUUUCGAUCCUGGAAGUGAUUUAUGCAGCUAUGGAUUUUUUAGUUUUACCGAUUUUCCACCAUACCGGUUUCACUUUUCUCAUCAUCACUCGCCUUGAAUCCGCGUUCUUCGAUCCACAAAUCCAAUUGAUUCUUUCUGGCGCCUAUUGCGGCCUAUAUGGAAGUUGUAUGGCACUUUUUGGAAUUCACUUUAUCUAUCGUUAUCUUGUUAUCAAGGGGAAUAAAAUGCUAAAGACAUUCCGCUCCUGGAAAAUCCUUUGUUGGUUCUCAAUUCCAAUAAUUUAUGGAGUGAUUUGGGGAUCUAUCGCUGUACUGUUCUGUGGACCUAGAGAUGUUACAAACCGGUUAAUUGAAACGUAUCUUCUCGAGAGUUUGGAUCUGAAACUGAAUAAUAUUGUAUACAUCGGUCCGUAUUUAUUUACUGAAAGUGGUGAGAUGUAUUGGCCAGCAGCAAUCGGACUUUUGGUAGAUAUGGUCAUAAUUAACUCUUCAUUUUUCACUGUCAUCUAUUUUGGUGUAUUGUUAUUCAAAGAAAUCCGAAAGUACACCGUCGACAAUCAGCUCUUAUCAGACAAAAACAAAUCACUUCAAACUCAAUUAUACUAUUCCCUGGUAACACAAACCUUAAUUCCGGUUGUGCUGCUUCAACUCCCCGUUUCCAUUCUACAUACAACCGUAUUCUGCUCCCUCGACUUGGGGGAAUUCAGUAGUUUGGUGUCAAUGACAAUUGCUGUGUAUCCCGCUAUAGAUCCAUUGCCAACUAUGUUUAUUGUGACAAGUUACAGAAGGGCAAUUAUUGAUUUGUUUCAAGGUGUCUGGAAGUUUUUGACAUGCAAAUCAAAGUCAUCAAGAGCGAAAGCAGCGGCAAUGAGUGUGGAGACCACACGGAAUUAA